AUGACCAUUACGAUCUGCAGCCCCUCGGCCGCUCUCCACUUCCCCGCCUCCCUGCCGGAAGGGCCUUCCGCUGUACCACGGACGUUCUCUUCCCCAUUCCCUUCCCCCUUUCCUUCCGCCGAUGGAGCUUUCGCCUCCCCUUCCGCCUCCCCUUCCGCCUACCGUUCCGCCUCCCCUUCCGCCUCCGCGUGGCCGCGCGCAUUUCCGACGAUGACUCCCAGACCGUCCGAAAGGAGUCUUUCCGCCGAUUCCAUUCCCGCGUGGCUGUCCGGAAGGAGCCUUUCCGCCGACUCCAUUCCCGUGUGGCCGUCCGAUGCCGCCGCCGCUGCGCGAUGCAGCGCGAUCAGCGGAGAACUGCUUUUUACGGUACCCCACGGAGGAGCUGCUGCUGCUACUAGCGGUAGUACCGCGGCAGCUGACGUGGCGCUUGGGGAUUGGUUCGACGAAGUGGCGGCAGCAUCAAUGGUUCAAACGGCACCAGGGGUGCUGAGGCGGAAGCCGCGGCAGCGACUGAUGGAGCAGUGGUUUCAUGAUGCGCCUGGUGGGCUCGUUUCGCUCGCAUUGCCUUGA